AUGCCUUCAGUACCUUUUAUUCAUUUACAGAUACAUCUUAUUUUUGUAUUGGUUCUAAAGAGAUACGCACAAGCCACUAGUGUUCGAUUAGUUGGAGGCAACAAUACAGAAGGAAGAUUAGAGUUAUAUUGGAAUGAGACAUGGAUAAAUGCUUGCAAACACAGUUAUUUCGUUGACGAUGAACGUGGACCAUCGGUUAUAUGUAGAAUGCUUGGCAUUUCUUGGAGCGGAUUUUUGAACGAGAAUUACGGUAGUGGUAAUAAACCAGUUAACAUGAGAGGAAUCAGAUGUCAAACUGGUUUAGAAACAGAUAUAGAUCAGUGUUCAUCUUAUGAUAAAUGUAAUGGCGAUUGCUGUGGUCAUAACUAUGAUAUAGGAGUGUCGUGUUAUGACUACGAUACACCACUUAGACUUAAUGGCAAACACAGUGCUUCAGAGGGCAUUGUUGAAGUAUUUUUACCAGUCGAAAGGCACUGGGAAUGGAUACCACUUUGCGCAGAUGGGUUUGACCACCAAGAAGCGAAAGUUAUAUGUCGAGGUUUGAACUUUUCUUCAAGUGGAUCAAGCGUAUCAACAUCUCAAAUUUCGUCUUCUGAUCGAACUCUGAAUGAGUACUUCAACUGCCAAGGAUCUGAAAAUCAACUUCUACGAUGUGCAAAAGAAGCAAGAACAACUUGUUCCUCAAAACAAGUGGCAGUGGUUUCAUGUGAUCAUACUGAAGUAAGAUUGACGAACGGAAAUUUUUCAUUCGAGGGUUUGUUAGAAAUUAAACAUAACGGUCAAUGGGGAAAUGUGUGUGCGAAAGGAUUUGAUGAAAAUGAUGGUAAAGUUGUAUGCAGAAUGCUAGGAUUUAGGACAAGGCAAGUAGAGUUAAUUACUGAUCAACAAUUUGGUCAUGGACUAGGGCAAGUACAUCUUACGAACUUAUCAUGUGAUGGAAGUGAAAAGGAUAUCAACACCUGCAAGAAUGUUCAAUGGAAUACACAUUGUUCUCAAAAUGAGGUCGUUGGCAUAAGGUGCUAUGCAACCGAGAUACGUUUAGUCGACGGUAAAUCUCCAUUUGAAGGUCGAGUUGAAGUGAAAUAUAAUGGUACAUGGGGAACUAUUUGCGAUGGCGGAUUUUCCAUAAAUGACGCAAAAGUUGUUUGUCGAAUGCUAGGCAUUUUAUCCAACGACACAUUUCUUAACCCUUAUAAAUUUGGUAGAGGUGGAAACAAUUCUCCAGUAUGGAAUUUACAACCACUGUUCAUGUAUACAGGAAAACCCUUUGCAGAAGAUCAUCUCACUAGAAAUCAUUACAGGGAUCUUGGUAUUGUAUGUAGACAUACACCCUUACGAUUAGUUGGUGGAAUGUCUUUCAAUGAAGGACGGAUUGAACUACAAUACCAAGGCUCUUGGGGAGCUAUCUGUUGUGACGGUUUUACUAGCACUAGUGGUGAUGUUGUUUGUAAACAGUUAGGAUUUAUUGGGGUAACAUCAUGGUCAAGAAAUUCGUACGGUAGAACUAACGAGAAACCAAUGUGGAUAAAAAAUUUAGCAUGCAGUGGUAUUGAAAAAGAUAUUUCUGCCUGUAAUUCAGAUGACUGGUAUAUAAGAAGUUGCAGUGAAAAUUGCAAUGUUGGUGUUAUCUGUGCGCAUAAUCAAGUUCGACUGAUAAAUGGAUCAGCUCCAUUUCAAGGACGAAUUGAGUUUUACCAUAAUUCUGAAUGGGGAUCUAUUAAUCAAGGGAAUGAUCCGUUUGGGCGUGUUGUUUGUCGAAUGUUAGGAUACAACGCAAGGUUAACAAAUAUGAAUACCAGACUUUCUGGUGGAUCCCAUGAACACGAGGGCAGAGUGGAAAUACAAUACAAUAACGAAUGGAUUGGUGUGUGUGAUAGUAGUUGGGACUCUAAUGACGCUUCAGCAGUUUGUCAUUCGUUGGGUUUUUGGAGCACAUCUGCCACAGCACGAACAAGUUCAUGGUUUGGAGAAUCUCCUAAUCAACUAUGGUUCAUGAAUCCUUACUGUCUGCCGAAUGAUAUUGAUGUUGGUCUUUGUGAUGUGUCCUGGGUCUACUUUUACGGUAGAAUGCAUUAUGAUCAUACACAUGAGGCAGGAGUAUCAUGUUUGCCAACAAAUACAGAUCGAAACAAAGUAAGACUGGAAAAUGGUCCUGGUCCAUGGAAGGGUGAAUUGACAAUAAGUUUGUCCAAUAAACUUUGGGGAGGCAUUUGUUGGCAAUUUUGGGACACAAUUACAAACGAUGUUGUCUGUAAAACUAUUGGAUACAGGCCACUUGGACAAAGUUUUAUUUCAUAUAAAACAGACAAAAAGAUGUACCCCCUUCAUUUAUCGGAGUUAAACUGUACUGGUGACGAAGUAAACAUAGGAAUGUGUAAAGGAUAUUAUGAUGUUUACAAUUGUACUACGGAUUCAGUUAGUAUUGACUGUUCUGGUGGAAUACAGGUCCGGCUACAAAAUGGAACCAAUCAAUUUGAAGGAAGAGUAGAAAUAUUUCUUGGCGGAGAAUGGAAAACGCUGUGUGAUUCAAGUUGGAAUAACUACGAUGCAAACGCAAUUUGUUCCUCCCUUGGUGUUGGAAAAUCUACACCGGUGGUACUAUCUAAUGCACAUUAUGGACAUGGGAAUACCUCGAGAGUAAUAGCAGAUUUAGGUUGUGCUGGAUGGGAAGAUCAUAUUGGUCAGUGCAAUAUUCAAGACAGAGGUUCAUGUUCGCAUACUGAAGACGCUGGUGUCCAAUGUGUCGACUGCUUUGAAGAGUUUACAACAGAAUCAGGUGUUAUAACAUCCAAAAACUAUCCGAGUUCCUUCUCGGAGCGAAAGGACUGUAUUUUUGUGAUAAAACCUCAGAAACAAACCUCAACAAAAUCUGAGUAUGUUUUAUCUAUAGAAGAUUUACACAUCCAAAUAUUUAGAAACAUUGAGAUAAGAGAAGGCGUUCGUGGAAUUGUUCUACAAAAUGUUCAAUAUUAUCCAACUACAGAUAAAAUUAUUGGCAAAGAGUUCUACAUCCGAUAUACAAAUACAAACUACUAUGCUGAUAGAUAUAAGAUAACAUGGAAAGCCUUAGAAAGACGGGAUGCCAUUGAGGUAGGAUGUGGACCUGCUUCAUGGGAUAUAGCAGUAAACAUGACGAUAAUGAAAAAGCUAUACCCAGAUACUAUUCGGGAAUUAAUAUAUUUCCCUGAUGCUAGCUGUAAAGGUGUGUGGAGAGAUGACACACUAUUCUUUUCACAUAAAUACACAGAAUGUGGAACCCUACGAGAGGAUAAAGUGAACAGUGUUUUAUAUAAGAAUCGACUGAUGUACCCAGAAGCCAGUUCACCUAACCCGAUAGUUAUACGUCAUUUUCGUUGGACAGUAGAUGUUGAUUGUGAACUUUCGAAGAUAAACAGUGCAACAGUUAAUUUCCAUCCGAACGAAAUACUUUCAACUACUGUUUCGUCGUUCCAUGGCGGGCAUAGUAAUGUGGACCAUAUAUCUGGGUCAGGAAAAGAAAGUGUUAUAAUUGCCUUUUAUAAAGAUCAGCAUUUCUUACAACAGAUCAAUGGAAAUCCACUUCAAAUCAAUAUUGGUGAAAAUAUAUAUGUCAAGAUCAAAACAUAUGCGACAGACAACUAUAAAAUGAGACUUCAUUCAUGUGUAGCGAAACCACAAUCUUAUUCAUCAGCUGCGUAUGCAUAUCCUCUCAUAAAAGAUGGCUGUCCUACAGAGAGCACAACACAAAUCAUCAGUCAAACAACACACGAGACAACAUUUGUAUUUAGCUCUUUUGAAUUUCAAACAAAAAAAGAUAACGUAUUUGUUGAAUGCAAUGCCACAUUUUGUCUAACGGGAGACAACUCCAUCGCUUGUCAACAAGCCUGUCAUACCAAAAGAAGUGUCGUCAGAAUUCCCGAUACAUCUUUCAAAGAAGUAGGAUACAGUCCUGUGUUUCGUGUAUUAUAUAUGGAAGAUUCAAGCAAACGUCCGCAUGAUGUAAAACACAUUGUGGACCAACAAAAAGUUCUGGAUGAAGAGGACUCUAUAAUAUCUGAAAUAUGA